AUGAAAGUUUGGAGACAAGCAACAGGAAUUCUAAAAGACAAAAACAGCAUUUGGAAUGCAAAAUUCUCAAGAAAGGGUCCAUGGCGCAAUCCUGAUCUUGAAACCAUUAUAAUCAAAGCAACAAGCCAUGAUGAAAACCACAUUGAUUGUAAAAAUGUGCAAAGAGUUUUCAAAUGGUUAAGAACCUCUCCUUUGUAUUUGAAUCAUCUUAUUUGGGCUCUAUCCAUUAGAAUGCAAAAAACAAAGAGUUGGGUCGUGGCCCUUAAAGGUUUGAUGCUCAUUCAUGGCGUUUUUUGUAUUGGCAUCCCUAUGGUACAAAAAAUGGGCAGGUUACCAUUUGAUUUAUCAAACUUUAAUGAUUCGUAUUUGAACCCUUCAAAAGCUUGGGGUGUGAAUGCUUUUGUUCGUUCUUAUUUUGCUUAUUUGGAUCAAAGAUCAGCUUUUGUUUCCUCCGAGGUUAAGAGUUUAAGGAAGAAUAAAAAUGAUAACAAAGGGGUGGAAGUUGAAGAUACAUUAAUGGAGGAGCUUGAGAAGUUGCAAAAGUUACAAACAAUGAUUGAUAUGCUUUUGCAAAUCAAACCAAAACAUAUGAAUAUGAGUGUUGGUCUUGUUCUUGAAGCGAUGGAUUGUGUCGUAGUUGAGGUUUUUGAUGUUUAUAGUAAGUUUUGUAACAAGAUUGCAGAGGUUUUGAUGAGGAUUUAUGAUAUUGGUGGAAAAAUGGAAGCUUAUGUUGGUUUAAAGGUUUUGCAAAAAGCAAUUGUUCAAGGAGAUGAAUUGGCUUAUUAUAUUGAGUAUUGUAGAGAUAUUGGUGUUCUUAAUGCUUCUCAAUGUCCUAAGAUUGAAAGAAUUUCUCAAGAAGAUAUUCAAGAUCUUGAGAGAAUAAUUAGUGGUGCUUAUUAUACUAAGAAAAACAUGGACGGUGUUAAUGAUGUUGUUGAAAAUGAGAAGAAUCAAGAUAAAGCCAUUGUGGGAAGAGAUUACUUGCAUCACAAGAAAUUAUCAGAGAAUGGUUUGACAACACUUGUUACUCAUCAAUGGGAGGUGUUUUUUGAUGAGACAUUUGUCGAUGAUGUUAAAGGAAAUAGUGUCACCAUUGAUGAAAAGGGUAAUAAUGUGAUAACAAAUAACCCUUUUGAGGAAUCAUAUAGUCUUGUACCUUACAAUCAUGUUCAUGUUAAUCAAAUUCUUCCUGACCUAAUUAGUUUGUAG